AUGUCGGAGUGCGAGGAAGCCAUCGUGCAGGCGGUUGACAGCCAGGCCCCCUCGAUGGCCUCCCGCGAUGCGAAGGGCAGGACGCCGCCCAGGCGCCGCCUCGACCCCUUCGGCGUCCUCUGGAAGAUGAUCAUCCGCCCGCCCAGGGCGGAGUACACCGUCGACGAGCUGGGCCCGAAGGCGUUCAGGAUACCGGACGCGGAGGGGAGGUACUGCCGCGAGGACAUCCAGCUGCAGAACCUGCGCGGCGAGAGGCUCGAGUGCAGCCACUUCCGGGCCCUCCCCGCCCACGCGGACGCCCCCGUGAGGUUCGAGCACGUCGAGAGUGUCAUCGAUGUGUCCAGGGUGAACCUGACGUAUUGGAGGAACAAGCGUUUCACGUGCCCGACCGUCCACAGAUUGCGGUGCAGGCUGGCUUGGGGGCGCCCCCUGGAGGCCGCGGGGGCCGUCCCCGCGGACGCCGCUGCAGUGCCGGCUGCGUGGCGCCCUCGCGUGGCGAGGCCGCUCGGCGAGGCCUCGGCAGGCCCGGCCGCCGCGCACAUCCAGGAGCAGCCAGGGCGCAGCGUCCGGCCAGCCCGGGGCGCUGCCCCAGGGGGGCGGGAGCGCGCGCGCGCGGGUAGCGCUGCGAUGGCGUGCGGCCGCCUCGGUGGGGAAAAGGGCGACGCCGCCACUGAUGCGGUUUGGGCAGCCCCGAGCCCGUGCAGGGCCAGGGCGUCGCUGGGGGCCCGCAGCGUGGCUUCUGGACGCUCUAGUAUCCUCUCAGCGCGCAGCGGCGAGGGGGACCUCGUGGCCUUGUCCCUUGCUUGCGCAAAGGCGGACCCCUUGUUCGGCGCCACCGUCAGGAAGGUCUUCGGGGAAUGCGCCUUCUACGGGCAGGUGAUAAGCAUAGACCGGGACAUCCACUCCGGGGAGCGGGCUUACCACGUGGCCUACGAGGACGGGGACGAGGAGCACCUGAGCGAGCCAGAGGUGCGCGGCGCCCUUGUGCGGACCAGCAUGGCGGCCGCCCACUGCCCGCCGAUCGCCGGCGCAGCCGCGGCGGGCUGCCACGGAGGGCCACGACUCUCAGGCGCCCGCGCGCCCGGGGCGGCGGCGCCGCCGCUGCUUGCGGCGCCCGGCGCGCACCGCGGCGGCGGCCGCCGCCUGGAGCACCGCG